AUGGCUGAUUGCAGUCGUGCCUAUAUGAAAGAGUUGUAUAAACUGACGCGCACUGUCGACAAGCUCACGUGCGGCCAGGCUAGAAUCGAUCUCGACUGUGAGAAAGAGCGGUCUUUCUACCUGCUAAUAACUCCGGACGAUGGCUAUUUCAAAGGUGCCACAUGCAAAUUUCAGGUAACUAUACCAGAGGCAUUUCCUACAGAAGCACCUCAGGUGCAUUGUCUUAACAGGAUCUACCAUCCCAACAUUGACAUCGACAGCUGCAAGUCCGAGGUCUGUGUCAAUCUUCUAGGUGAAGACUGGCAACCUGGGGUUGGCCUUGAUGGUUGUGUCAUGGCCGUCCUGUACAUCUUCCAUCAUCCAAACUUCGAAGACGCCCUCAAUCAGCUGUUUGACGAUGAUCCUAUGAACGAACUUGAGUUUAUUAAGAAUGUAGCAGUCUCACUUCGUGGUGGAGAGGUGGAUGGGUUCACAUUUGAUCAACUUCUUGAUGAUGGCAAUUUGGCAAAGAACAACUGGGGUGAUGAAAAAAGCAGCAACAACCAAGAUAAAAUAUGCAAGGAUACUAACAUGAAAAUGAAAGAAGUAGGAAUAAUCGAAAACAGAAAUGGCAACGAAUAUGGCAAUUCUUUCUUUGGGGACCAUGCUGAAAGAGCAGAAGAACACAUCACCAAUGGUAAUAAAGCAUGCAAGGAUUUUACAGAAGCAGGAACAAUCGAAAACAGAUACAAGGAAAACAUCGUGAAUGAUAAUUGUUUUUGUAUGGGCCAGGUUGGCCAGGCCACAAAUGUCAGCAACCAAGAUAAAACAUGCAAGGAAACUUACACGAACAGAAAUGACAAUGAGGAUGUCACAUUCAAUGGCGUCUUUUUCGGUAUAGAUAAUGAGUUUGAAAAUGUAAACAUAAAGCCAAAUUCAACAGCCACUGAGUUCAACACUGAUUUCUAUAUUAACAGACAUGAACAAGAUACAAAUACAACCAAAUCAACAAUUGUAAACGAAAACACCAGGUAUUCCAGUGUGUGCAUUAUGUCUAGUUUUGCGCUUACCAUGGCUGGAUUGAAUUCACACAUAUGGCACAAAGUAUUAACUAUUAUUCAGCGAUUUUACACUCAUUAA